UUAUUGAUUGACUGGAUUAACACAACUCUGAAAGAGGAACACAUAGUAGUUAAAAGUCUGGAAGAAGAUCUGUAUGAUGGGCUGGUCCUUCAUCAUCUUUUGGAAAACCUAGGAUCUCUCAAGCUGGAUGUUCACAAGAUCGCAUUAACAGAAAAUAAACAGCGACAGAAACUCUCUGUGAUUCUGGAAGCUGUGGCUAAGUGUUUGCAACUGGAAGAAAGUCAGCUGAAAUGGAGUGUGGAAUCUAUCUUCACAAAGGACUUACUGAGCACACUGCAUCUUCUGGUUGCAAUAGCAAAGCACUUUGAACCUAACCUGGCCAUGCCUCCAAAUGUUAAAGUGGAAACAAUCACCAUUGAGAACACCCACAGAGGAUUAAAGACAGCAAAUGCGGUGGAAUAUAUCACAGAAAACAAAGAGAAUUUAGAAGCUCAGUCAAAAGGUGAUGCCUUUGAUGAAUUAUUUAGCCGUGCUCCCGAUAAACUGGAUGCUGUAAAAAAGGUAUUUUUGCAGUUUGUCAACCAGCAUGUUGGAAAAUUAGGAUUAAAUGUGAAAGACAUCGAAUCUCAGUUUGCAGAUGGAGUUAUCUUACUUCUGUUAAUUGGACAGCUGGAGGGUUACUUCCUGAAUUUAAGGGAUUUCUUCCUGACUCCAGCCAGCACCACGGAGAUGAUGAAAAACGGGAUGACAAUAUAACUAAAAAUACUGAGAGACCGUAGUUCAACUGUCAUUUGUACAUAA